AUGCGAAUAUGUUCGCCUGAUAUAUGCAAGGAAGAACCGAGGAAAAUCAGAAAGACUUUCAUAGAAAAAGGAUAUCGAGAUAAGAUCAUUCGACAAUGUAUGAAGGUCACCACAAUAGUGCAACCGGAGAUGACGGUUAAAAAGAAAUUAGGUUAUUUGUAUAUGGCCUUCAAAGGCGACACAUUAUCUGAAAUGAUAAGUAAGCGUCUCCAGGCUGCUGUCAGAAAUACAUACUAUGCCGUUGAUUUACGCCUAAUCUACACUUUCAAACCAGUGCUCCCAUUGCAGAUAAAUGACAAGCUACCGGUGGAAAUGACUUCGUUCUCCGUUGACCAAGUUGUGUGUUCCUGUGAAAUCACUUACUUUGGUCGUAUCACUCGCCGAUUGGUCGAAAGCAUUCGAGAACACUACCCCGGCUGGCUUAGUCGCGGAUUGAUGACACCCGGGGGGACGACCAUCACGGUUAAUUUGGUCGAAACCGACCAUCAUGUUAGAUUGAGUGAAGUGAUCGAGCCCAUCUACACGAUCACCGGGCUGAGAUCGAAGCAGGUCAAGCAUCGCCUACUGUUAGCAGCCAAAGUGAUCGCGAUUCAGUUGUGGCAUAAUCCGCCCCGGUUAUAA